AUGGAUCAGGAGACGACGAGUGCUAAUCCCGUUCCCAAAAGAGCAGAAGGGGAAGAUACGACACGGGAGAUAGAAGCCGGAGAAGUAGCGGAUCCGGUCGACAAAACGGAGCGCAGCUUUAGGUUCUGGGCUAUUAUUGUCGGCCUCGGCAUCACUACACUCCUAGGGGCACUAGAGAACACCGUUAUCGUGACUGCGGCGCCGUCCAUAUUGGCCGAAUUACCCCUUGGUGAUAAUUGGGUGUGGGUUACGAAUGCCUUCUUUCUCUGCAGUGCUGCGUUUCAACCUUUCCUCGGCCAGCUCUGCAAUGUCUUCGGUCGACGAUGGGUUACGUUAUGCAUCGUUGUCAUAUUUAUCCUCGGAAGCGGCAUAUGCGGUGGUGCAACCACCGGCAAUAUGUUGAUUGCCGGACGAGCUGUCCAGGGAGUCGGAUCAGGGGGUAUCGCUAUGGUGUUUGACAUCAUUGUUUCCGACUUGGUACCCCUACGCCGGCGGGGAAACUACAUCGCUGUGAUAUUAAUCAUAUAUAGCAUCGGGACGACGCUGGGUCCGUUCAUCGGAGGUGCCAUUGCCGAUACAGGUAACUGGCGUUGGGUCUUCUACAUAAACCUACCCGUUGGCGGCGUCUCGUUUGCGACCUUGUUUUUCUUCCUACACGUUAACUAUAGUCGCGAACAAGAUUGGGUGGCCCGACUGAAGCGCAUCGAUUAUUUAGGCAAUGCAAUCCUUGUUGCUAGUAGCGCCGCGAUCCUCGUCGCGCUUACUUAUGCAGGGACGCGGUACGCGUGGUCAUCAUGGCACACACUUGUACCGCUGCUCCUAGGUUUCGCGGGCUUCUGCCUCUUCUUUAUAUUCGAGACUAGCCGUUGGGCGCCACAAGAACCGGUAAUCCCUGCACGCCUCUUCACGAAUCGCACGUCCAUCAUCGUUGCGAUCAACACCUUCCUCAACUCGGCUCUUGUCUACUGGAGUCUGUUUUUCCUGCCCGUCUAUUUCCAGUCGGUGCAGUUGGCUAGUCCGAGUCGUGCUGGCGUCUGCUUGAUUCCCUUGGCGUUAUUCACUAUCCCGAGCGCAGCAGUGGGAGCCGCAUUGCUAAGCCGCUUAGGCAAAUACAAAAUGAUUCACAUCGUUGGAUUUUCCUUCUUUAUCAUCGGAAGGGGCUUGUAUACGCUGUUAGACGAGACUACCCCGGUGGGAGAGUGGGUGGUGUAUCAGCUCCUCUCAGGUAUAGGAGCUGGAUUACUACUGAAUACGCUUCUUCCAGCUUUCCAAGCACCUUUGAAAGAGUCAGACCAGGCCGCAGCAACGGCAUCUUGGAACUUCAUACGGACGCUAGGAAGUGUCUGGGGAGUUGCAAUUCCGGCCGCCAUCUUUUCCAAUCGCGUAGAUGUCCUCAUAGCUGAAAAUAGUGUGGAGGACCCGCUAGCCAGUAGCCUCCUUGCAAACGGUGGCGCAUAUCAAUAUGCAUCAGCCGACUUUGUAGAACAGUUUUCGCCUACUGUGCAGACGCAGAUCCGUGCUGUCUAUCGGCAGGCCAUUCUACGGGUGUUUGUGGUUAGCUUUGCAUUUAUUGGUCUAGCAUGGUUGUUGGCGUUAUUCGAGAAGGAUGUGCCAUUGCGUAAGGUGCUAGAAACCGAGUAUGGCUUAGAACAGAAAGAAGAGCAGGCUACUAGCACCGAGAGUCUGAGUGAUGACCCGACCGAAGCGGGGCAGAGAGGCACUGUAAAAUGA